GGCCGGAAGUCCCGCCCCCGGACAUUGUACAGCCGCGCGUGAGGGUCCGAGUGAGGGCCCUGGUGUGUCCCCUGUUGGGAAUUUUGCGCCGCCUGAGCCGCAACCUGCGGUCGGCGCCAAGACUUGGAGCUGCGUUCUCCCCAAGGUGCUAAGCGGUGCGGCCCCUGCUCCCGGUCGGUGCCGAAGAGGACCGGUUCUGGGCGGGCGGGAAGCUCCAGCCCGCCGGGAUGGCAGCCCCGUCCAUGAAGGAGAGGCAGGUCUGCUGGGGAGCCCGGGAUGAGUAUUGGAAGUGUUUGGAUGAGAACGAGGGCGACGCUUCCCAGUGCAAGAAGCUAAGACGCUCCUUUGAAUCAAGUUGCCCCCAGCAGUGGAUAAAAUAUUUUGAUAAAAGAAGAGACUACUUAAAAUUUAAAGAAAAAUUUGAAGCAGGACAAUUCCAGCCUUCAAAAUCAACCGCAGACUCAUAGGCUAUUCCUGGCCUUUUCAGAGAGGGAGAAGCUGUUCUUUCCAGACACUGGAAAUCGCUCCUUUGGGUGUGGGAUGGCCGUGGUUGGAAUCACGGUGAACAUCAGCACUAACCGCAUCUGUGUACACAACUUAACAAUUAAAAUGAUUGCAUGACAGGAGAUAAACUAUGAAGAAUUGGAAUAAAAUGGUAUGAAAUACGCUUA